AUGUACAAUUUUAAGGCGACCAACGUGUAUGGUUUUUCUGUAUUUCUGGAACAUAUUAUAGUUACAUUUUAUAUAUUUUGUUUAGCAAAAGUGUGUUCAUUGCAUUUUUCGGAAGAUUCAUUCAUAGUACCAAAAAGGAAAUCAAAAAUUGCAAAGAAGAAGACAAUAUUGCACCUUUUACGCAGUGCUGUACCAACAUUAUUUUUAACACCAGCAGAAGACAGAACAAAUACUAUGGAAAACAUGGAUUUUAAAAUUAUUCGUCGAGAAUUUCCACUUGUCUGCAAUCCAGACACAAGCAGAGACGAAAAUGUAGAAAGUAGCAGUGGGAUUGAUGCAGUGAGUCAAUCUUGCGAUGAUAGCAUUGCGGUAACACCAACAGUAUGCUCUACAAGUAAUCCAUGGUUGAAUGAAUCCUUCCGAGUCACUCGUACACCACCAAGUGCAUUACACACACUUGGAACCGAUUUCAGUAAAACGUUUCCUAGAAGGUAUGGUAGCAGUGCAUUCAUCAAGAUAUGA